UGUGUCAGAAAACGGGUGGGGGAAAGUAGCGUUUAGUGCGCGGCCACGUCAUUGUAAAUGGAGUGAAAGUAGGUUCGAACCAAAAUAGACGAAACCGAGACAGAGUGUAGGAGCAGUACAGGAGUCAGGAGGGGUUAUUAGAGCCACCCGGUCGGCUCUGUGUCGUAGGGAAACAUGUCUGACAUCGGGGACUGGUUCAGGAACAUCCCGUUUAUCACGCGCUACUGGUUCGCGGGCUCCAUACUGGUGCCGCUGAUCGGGAAGCUGGGCUUGAUUAGUCCCGCGUACCUCGUGCUGUGGCCGGAGUCGUUCUUCCACAAGUUCCAGAUAUGGAGACCGAUUUCUUCAACACUGUAUUUCCCAGUCGGUCCAGGAACAGGUUUUCUGUACAUGGUCAAUCUGUACUUCCUGUAUCAGUACUCGUCCAGACUGGAAACAGGGGCCUUUGAUGGAAGACCAGCAGACUACGUCUAUAUGCUGCUUUUCAACUGGAUUUGCAUUGUUAUAACCGGAUUAAUGAUGGACAUGCAGCUCCUGAUGAUCCCAUUGAUCAUGUCCGUGCUGUACGUCUGGGCCCAAAUGAACCGGGACAUGAUCGUGUCCUUCUGGUUUGGCACGAGGUUCAAGGCCUGCUAUCUGCCCUGGGUCAUCCUGGGAUUCAACUACAUCAUCGGUGGCUCUGUUGUAAAUGAGCUGAUUGGGAAUUUAGUGGGCCAUCUGUACUUCUUCCUCAUGUUCAAAUAUCCCAUGGACCUGGGCGGCAGAUCCUUCCUGUCCACGCCAGAGACGCUCUACCGGUGGUUUCCGAAUCGGCGCGGUGGGGUUUCUGGAUUCGGCGUCCCGCCCAUCAGGAGACGCACUCCUCAGGAACAAGCAGGAGGGGGCGGAGGAGGAGGAGGAGGAGGACGUCACAACUGGGGACAAGGCUUUCGGCUUGGGGAAGAUUGAGGACGUCCUCCUGCUGAAGCCAUCGUGGACGCUGAAGCCAGGCACAUUAUAGAACACUGAUGCUGCAGAACACAAGUUUGCAUAGGUUUGGGCUUCGGUUCAGUUUUUCUGUCUCUCCUGCCGACUCGGAAUGAAAAGAAGGUGAUCACACACAGGUCUCAGUCACACCACGUCAGCGUGCUCGUUUACUUGUAGUGAAAGUGUACGUCAUACCGUUACUGGGUUUCUCACCGUACACAAGCAGCGCUGCGGAAUGAGGAGCUCGGGCAGUGUUUGUGUAAAGGAGAUGAAUUCGUACAAGACUGAAAUGUUUUUUUGUUUGUUUUUUUUGUCCCCUUUAAAACCUAGCACACGGUGGCAGUGUGUGAUAGCUUUAGAUUAAGACUUUUUUUCUUCUUUUAAAUGCUUUAGUUUUCACUGUCUUGUUGAUCGUCAUGUACAGUUUAAUGCAUUUUUCUUUUUACUAAGAUGUGCAACUCUUGUUUUAAUUGCUUUUACUUGUAAAUUGUUUUUUUUUUGUUUAAACCAUGUGUUUAUCAGGGUUUGAAAUAUGUACAACACGUGUCUAAUGAGCUCUCCUAAUAAAUAAAAAAUCAUUACUGAAAUUAAA